UGAGAGAGAGAUGGCGAAAGGGGGGAAGAAGGAGCACCUCGCUCGAGUUCUUGAUUCUCAUAUUCACAACAUUGAAGAAACUUUGCAGAUGCUGGAACGUCCUGCGGUUUCUCAGAAGGUGGAUUGGUCGGAAGUCACUAAAGUUGGGGAUGAAAUCUCCAAACAAGCAACAGUUGCUGGAAUGCUUUGGAAUGGAGAACAUGAUGUGAAGAAUCUAGAGUCAAACAUGGGAGUGUACAUUAAUUUUCUUCAAGGUUUCCUUUUGCUCUGCCAUAGCAGCUCUGCUGGUGCCGGCCCAACUCUUCAUGCGUGUAUAGUUGCUUCAGCAAGGAAUGUUGUUGACCGUAGCAUUAAAUUGUUUAAGGAAGCAGUCUCCUUCUGCGAUUCUGACAAUGCGAACAAAAGGCAAACUAUUCCACAACUCUCGGGUUCAGUCUGGGAAGCAUGUGACGCCCUGAAGAAAACCCCCACCUCAAACUGCACUGCAAUUGGACGAGCAAUAACUCAACUAGCUGUCUCUAUGAAGGAUGUUCUUCGGGAGAUGAAAGAACUGAAACCUACUCAACAUGACUCAUCUGAUGGACCUCCUACUGAUGUCACUGAUGAGGAUGGUAGCUUUAGCGAGGGAGACCUCGGGGAUGACCUUUCAACUGAAGAGAUGGAAAUCGCACAGUUAGCAACUGAUGUAGUCACCAAUGCACUUACUGCUGUAAAAGAGAUUAUUCGCUUCAUCACAGGUUUGCUUCGGAAAUCAAACAGAGAAUCAGCGGAAAAGGAAUAUGUAGACAGCUUGGAGAGAAUACUUGGCCACUGUCAAGAAAUGGGAUCAGAAUUGAAUGAUCUCGGAGCUUGUGUAUACCCUCCUCAAGAGAUAUCUCAGAUGAAACUCAUCACCAAGAAGAUAGAUGAAUUGGUUGGUAACAUCCAUGAGGCAGUUGAAACCCUUAAUGGUUCUCCAGAGGACUUAUAUAGGGCCUUCACAGUGUUGAAGAACUCAUUGAUUAAGCUCCGGUGUGCAUUUGGUGAUGUAGAUUUGGCUCCCAAAAUGGAGAGCCUUGCUGUGUAAUUUUGUGGACCAUUUGUUAUCUUGAGAUUUUUUUGUUUUGUUUU